UCUCUUAAUUUGUGUUCCAAAUUAUUACAAUGGAGGCUUCUGAAGAACCUGACCUUCCAAACUACAUGAAAGACGACAACGUUAGUCAAGAAACCAAGAACUUGAUCGCUUCUCUACCUUCAGACAAAGAUUUCAUGGGUUAUGGUCUCUACAACUACAAAGGUUGUUGGUACUAUCCAAACACACUCCAAGCCGUUCUUGACGUCCAAAAACACUUCAAGCCACGAGAUACCGAUAUAAUCCUCGCUUCUUUGCCCAAAGGUGGAACCACUUGGCUCAAAUCCCUUGUUUUCGCCGUUUUACAUAGAGAUAAAUACCGCGAAAACCCCCAAACCCAUCCUCUGCUUUCACAAAACCCUCAUGACCUUGUCCCAUUUCUUGAGAUUGAGUUAUACGCUAAUAGCCAAAUUCCGGAUCUCACAAAGUUUCCUUCUCCUAUGAUCUUUUCUACACACAUGCACUUACAAGCAUUGCGUGAAGCCACUACAAAAGCUUCUUCACCUUGCAAAAUCGUGUAUGUGUGUAGAGGUAUCAAAGAUACGUUUGUCUCCGGCUGGCAUUAUAGAAACAUGUUGCAUCGCACCAAGAUGGAUCAAGCCACUUUUGAGCUCAUGUUUGAUGCUUAUUGUAGAGGAGUUCUCUUAUAUGGACCCUAUUGGGAACAUGUAUUGAGCUAUUGGAAAGGGAGCUUGGAAUAUAAGGAGAAUGUUCUUUUCAUGAAGUAUGAGGAGAUAAUCGAGGAGCCUCGUAUUCAAGUGAAGAGACUCGCCGAGUUCUUGAAUUGUCCAUUCACCGCGGAAGAAGAAGAAUGUGGAUCGGUGGAGGAGAUCUUAAAGUUGUGUAGUCUACGAAAUUUAAGCAAUUUGGAGGUUAAUAAGAAGGGGACAACGAGAAUUGGUCUAGAUUCUCAGAUAUUUUUUAGGAAAGGUGAAGUCGGUGAUUGGAAGAAUCAUCUUACGCCUCAAAUGGCGAAAACCGUUGAUGAGAUUAUUGAAUGUAGACUGCGAGGUUCCGGUUUGAUAUUUCAAUAAGGUUGUGUUGUGUUCUUAGCUUUGAAAUUCCAUGUUUCUUCUUUUAUGAACUUUGUUGAGUAGGUUUCGCUCAAAUAAUGUUGUGUACUAAUC